AUGCUCCCCACAGCAGCUCAACCCAGCACCGUCGCGCUCUGUCUCACCCACGAGCCCACCGCCUCUGCUCGAGCCUCCACCCGCGACGCUCCUGCCCCGACGCCAGUAGAUCCCGAGCCAAUCGACGCGCCUCCGCCAGAGCCAAACCCGCGAAGUCGUCGCUGUCCCAUCUCGUCGGAACCCUCGCCGCGAGCCCACGUCCAUGCACCACGCAGCACCACUGCGCUCGCAUCGUUGCGUCCCCUGCACGUCGCUGCUGCCGAGCCGCUCCACCAUCCCAACGAAGCCGCCAUCGUGCUGAUCCGUGACGAUCCCGACGCAGCCCCCUGCUCCGUCGUGCCUCAGUCCCUGUUCUGCCUCGCCACUCCGCCUUGCCGAUCCACAACGCCUGACGCCGUUGCCCCGAAGACCAGCGAUAAGAUGUCCCUGCUCAACCCGACGCCUUGCUUCCCGGAGUCGAAGCCCUGCAACGCUGCUGCUACCGCCGGAUCUGCCUUGCCUGCAAUCAAAAGCUCAAGCACCGCCUUGCCGUCGCCGCCCAGCAUCCAGCAGCCCGUGACCCAGCACUGUCGCCGCGUCUGCCAGCCUCCGUCCGAAACCCCUCUCCGAUGA